GUUAUAUUUUUUAAACUUCAAGUUCUCUUCGUCUAACGUCUAAACUUCGUUACGUAAUUAAGCUUUUAUGAAAAUCCAAAUUCAAUGGCUCUACAUUCUCUAUCCUCAAUCUUACCGUCCCAAAACCCCAUUUUGUCCUCCCUCUCCUAUCCACUUUCUCCUUAUCACCGUCAAAUACGCCACCUUAGACCGAUGGUUCCCUUGGCGGUCUCUCGUCGCCGCAGGCCCCGCCGUAAACAUACCCAGAAACGAAGCGAUACGUCCAUGUUUCUCCCGCUUUCAUCCAGAGGAAACGAGUCGCUUUUAGAUUCUAGAAAUAGUUCUGGAAAUGGAGACUCGAUACCGAUGGAGCAAGAGUCCAGUACCUCGAUGAGUUCGGUCGCUAGUUCGAGGAAGAAAGACAGGUAUACAGGCAACGCCCGAAGAUUCAGAAUUUUCGGCGUUGAUUUUUCUCCAGAGAGUGUGGCGGUUGCUAUGGUUUACUUCGUUCAAGGCGCUUUAGGCCUUUCGAGGCUUGCUGUUAGCUUUUACUUGAAAGAUGAUUUGCAUCUGGAUCCUGCAGAGACAGCUUUGAUAUCCGGUUUUUCUUCGCUGCCAUGGCUUGUUAAGCCACUUUAUGGGUUUAUUAGUGAUUCAUUCCCACUAUUUGGUUAUCGAAGAAGGUCAUACUUGGUUCUAUCUGGACUUCUUGGUGCUCUCUCAUGGAGUUUGAUGGCCACCUUUGUUGGCAGCAAGUAUGGUGCUGUAGUCUGCAUACUUAUUGGAUCUCUUUCUGUUGCUUUCUCAGAUGUUGUUGUAGAUUCCAUGGUUGUGGAGAGGGCUCGUGGGGAGUCGCAAGCCAUAUCUGGAUCUCUUCAGUCUCUAUGCUGGGGAUCCUCUGCUUUUGGUAGUAUUGUGAGCUCCUAUUUUAGUGGUUCGCUAGUGGAUGCUUAUGGUGUAAGGUUUGUUUUUGGUAUCACUGCAUUGCUACCGAUGAUAACAUCUGCUGUUGCUGUUCUUGUAAAAGAACAGCAUGUGCCUGGCCCAACAAGAGGGCAAAAUGUUCUUUUAGCCAACCCUAGCUUUCUUGAAAGCUCAAGAGAGAAUAUUAUUCAGUUGUGGAAUGCAGUAAGAGAACCCAAUGUGUUUCUUCCCACCGUUUUUAUUUUCUUUUGGCAAGCAACACCGCAGUCAGACUCUGCCGUUUUUUACUUCACCACAAAUAAACUUGGUUUCACCCCAGAAUUUCUAGGACGUGUAAAACUUGUCACUUCGGUUGCAUCAUUGGUCGGAGUUGGAUUGUAUAAUGGACUUUUAAAAAGAGUUCCAUUGCGGAAGAUUUUUCUUGCCACAACAAUUAUCGGUACAGCCUUUGGAAUGACUCAGGUGUUGCUGGUAACUGGAUUGAACCGGCAGUUAGGAAUAAGUGAUGAGUGGUUUGCGAUUGGGGAUUCAUUGAUUCUAACUGUCCUUGGUCAGGUUUCUUUCAUGCCGGUUCUUGUACUUGCAGCCAAGCUAUGUCCGGAAGGGAUGGAAGCAACACUGUUUGCAACUCUGAUGUCCAUAUCAAACGGAGGCAGUGUGGUGGGGGGACUGUUAGGUGCAGUACUGACCCAGGUAUUUGGUGUAACCAAGGAUAAAUUUGACAACUUAUCCUCCUUGAUAAUCCUAUGCAAUCUCAGUUCAUUGUUGCCUUUGCCGCUACUUGGCCUCCUUCCUGAGGAUGACUCUGAAAUUGUUUCUAAUGAGAAUGUAGAUAUUGAGAUGAAAUCUAAUUGAUAUAUAUAUAUAUAUAUAUAUAUAUAUACAUACAUAUUAAAAUUC